AUUUAUGCCCUAGGAGAGAAUCUUGGGAAAGAUCCAGAAGAAGUAAAGCUGCAAAAUGCCAGUAAACAGAUUGUAGAAACUGUUAUUCUUCAAGCAGUGCAACAAAUCUCUCAAGAAGAAAUGAAGGAAGAGAACAGACAAAACAGAAACACAGGUGAAACAUUAUCAGCAAAGAGAAGCAAUGAAGGCCAUGGCAAGAAAUGA